AUGAAACCACCAGGUGUUACUGACGAACAGAUCAAACUCAGAGCCUUCCCAUUCUCACUCAAAGAUGCUGCAAAGGAUUGGCUCUACUAUGUCCCACCUGGAAGCAUCGACACGUGGAACGACAUGAAGAAGAAAUUUUUGGAGAAGUACUUUCCAGCUUCCAGAGCUGCGAUCCUGAGGAAGGAGAUAUGUGGCAUCAAGCAACAAUCAGGUGAAACGCUCCAUGAAUAUUGGGAGCGAUUCAAUAAGCUUAUCAUUAAAUGUCCACAACAUCAAAUUCCCCCUCAAUUAUUGAUUCAAUACUUUUAUGAUGGUUUGUCGUUGAUGGACAGGAACAUUAUCGAUGCUGCAAGUGGUGGAGUUUUAGUGAAUAAGACACCGGCACAAGCUUGGGAUCUUAUUGCGAGGAUGGCUGAAAAUAUGCAGCAAUUUGGUUCAAGAGAUGUUGGACAGAUGAGCGGAAACAACAGUGACCAUGCCAUCCAAUCGAUGCAACAACAACUUUCUGAGUUGACGAGCUUCGUUCGCAAGAUGGUCGUGGAAAAAUCCAACCCAAGUGUCCAAGUCAAGGUGUGUGGAAUAUGCACGAGUGCAGGACACCCUACAGAUGCUUGUCCGACCCUCCAAGAAGAAUGCGCAGUGGAUGUGAACACUGCAAACUACGGUAUGAAUAGACCUCCAGCGUACACUCCAUACUCCAACACCUACAAUCCAGGCUGGAGAGAUCAUCCGAACUUGCGUUAUGGAAACGCACAACAUGGUAAUGCUCAUCAACCAUUUGGAGCUAUGCAGCAGAUGCAACAGCCGCCCCAAGCACCCAUAAGCAACUCCGGUCCAUCUUUGGAAGACUUGGUGAAGUCUAUGGCUACCAGUACCCUGCAAUUCCAGCAAGAGAUGAAGUCAAAUGUCGACAAAUUACAAGGUCCACCUCCUAUCUCAAAGGAACAGAAUGAGGAUCAGAUUGAGAUGGAGAAUGAAAAAGAAGUUGAACUUCACGAAAAGGUAUUUCCUAACUCUAUUCCUCCUACUGAGACUAAAUCAGCUCAUUUUCCUGACAGGUUGAAGAAACCACAAAAGGCAAACAAACGAAAAAAGAUGAUGGAAAUAUUCAAGAAGGUGGAACUUAAUAUCCCGCUCCUGGAAGCUAUCAACCAAAUCCCCAAGUACGCAAAGUUUUUGAAAGAACUGUGCACCAACAAAAGAAAAUUGCGAGGGGACGAGCAUAUUAUAGCGGGUGAGAACAUUUCUGCUGUUAUCAAAAGAAAGGUACCACCUAAAACAGGUGAUCCAGGUAUGUUUUCUAUCCCUUGUAAGAUUGGAAAAACUGAGAUAACUAAGGCUAUGCUAGAUCUAGGAGCUGCUAUUAAUGUCAUGCCUCGAUCAAUAUACGACUCUUUAAAUCUAGGGCCUCUAAAAGAAACAGGAAUUAUUAUUCAACUUGGUGAUCGAACCCAUUCUUAUCCCGAUGGUAUGAUAGAAGAUGUACUAGUUCAAUUAGAGAAAAGAGCAACUGGAGAGAGUAAGAAAAGAAAAAAGAUUGUCGAAAUGUGGAGAUGGAUUCCCAAGGGAUCACCAUUGCUGGCAGCAAAAAAAUAUCAUAAGGAGAAUCAAAAUUCUAAGCCGAAGAAAAAGUGUGUGGCCAAUAGACAUCGCUUCAAAUUAUACCAUGAGGGACCCUCACUUGAUCCUAUAAAGUUGGCACCCGUUGCCAAUUUCGAUGUUCAGAAUUGA